CCAGCGCCUCCCCUGUGGAACGAGUGCUCUGACCGAGCCGCAGUGCCUCUCCCUGGGCUGCUGUUUUAAUACGCGCCCCCCUGCAUGCCACUACCCCAUGGAUGAGUGCACCCUUGACCACCACUUUGUCUUCAGCGUGCCUGCCUCCCUCACCUACCCCCCUCUGUCCCCCGCCCUGCUGGCCGCCCCUGGACACCCGUCAUGCACGCCUCAGAGGGUCACGGCCGACUACGCCUUGUUUCUGAUCCCAAUGGACAGCUGCGGGGCGCUUAGGAUGGUCAUUGGCAAGACGGUGAUCUACAUUUUGGAGAUCGUCAAUAAAGUGGAUUCCAUUACCCUCGACUAUGGCACCAUCACCAGAGACUCGCCAGCCAGGAUCCUGGUGGAGUGUCGCUACAAGCCCGGCCCCCCUUUGGUCACCACCGGUUACAUGACCAAGAUUCCAUCCCUGGGACCUGGACUUCAAGGUCAGGGAGUGAUCGGAGUUCAGCUUCGGAUUGCGAAAGAUGCUCACUACAGCAGCUUCCACGCCCAGUACCACGCGCCCCUGCGCACGCUGCUGAGGCAGCCCCUCUACCUGGAGGUCCGUCUGGUCAACCCUCCGGACCUCCAGGUGGUGCUGCUGGUGCAUUACUGCGUGGCCUACCCCCGCUCGGGAGCCUCCAUGUGGGUCCUCCUCUACAAGGAGUGUCCUAACCCCUUGGAUCCGGCACCACACAACGUUGUUCUUCCCUCCCCUGAGAGCCAGACACGCAGGUUCACCAUCACCACCUUCCAGUUCAUCCAGAAGGGGAAGACUUAUGACCUGGACCAAGAGGUCUACUUCAUGUGCUCCACGGAGGCCUGCGUGCCUCAGGACGGGCCCUGUUUGGAGGGCUGCCUGGGCCAGUGACGGACUACACAGGACACAGCGCCACUCGCUCACGGCUGGCAGGAGCUCGGAGUCACCGUGCCAACGCGGUGUCUGAGUGAGCCUCCAGAAGACCCACUCCCACUGGAAACUCAGGACGGAGUGGCAAUGGUUCAAUAUGACAGCGGGACAAUGAGUUAGUAAUGAGGAGCGUUUUGAAUAAUUUAGCAGCACUCGCUGAUCCAUUUCCUGUUUUUUGUUUUUUUCCUUUUUUGUUUUAUUUGAAAUGGAAGCAGUGUGUGAGCAGUUGAUGUCCUGAGAGCGCUGGUCUCUUUAGUUAAAGCAGCACAGUAGUGUGUGUACUGAAAGUACGUUCAACUAGAAGUACACUGUAACGCUGCUUUUCCUGCUCCUUCAGGCCGGAGCCUGAAGGAGUCACGUUCUCUGCCAAUAAAACUCAACAAAGUAAACUUAAAGGGGCUAAUAAGUUGUUUUUUUGUUAUUUGCUUUUUGCUAGCGAGUUUAAUAACAGGAGGGGGGCUCACUGUCAAUAAAUAGUUCAUGUUGUGGACUAAUUCUCUCACCGUUUGGCCUGUUGUGUGGUGCAAGAUCGAAUACAAUUAUUAUAAAACAUAUUUUACAAAGUUUCACGAGGCAAAUGUAUCAUCUCUGACGCCAACUGUUCAGUCUACACUCUGAACACACUAAAGGGCUGAUCAUGCGAGUUUUUUCAUUGGAUAAUUUGUCCACUGGGUGUCAUCAAAGCAAUGAAAAUGGCUUGAGGCACACACAUUUCUUGUUCCAUGAUUCACACAGCUGGUUCUAAUAAACCUUUUGCGUGUAUAUUCCUAACUACGGAAUACGAUUUUGACGUUCAUUUAAAAUUAAAUCGUUUACUUUGGACUGCUUUGCAAAUGUAAC